UAUUUUUGCUUCUAUUUUUAUGGGUAUGUUUUAUUUAGGGUUUUAGCUCACAUUUCUUGAGAUCAAUACUGAAAAUCCUUUGGGAAUGCAUGGUGAGCUUGCAAUCGCCUUUGGUGAGCUGUUGAGGAAAUUAUGGUCCUCAGGGCGAACUACAAUUGCACCACGUGUUUUCAAGGGAAAAUUAGCUCGAUUUGCUCCCCAGUUCAGUGGCUAUAACCAGCAUGAUUCUCAAGAACUUCUUGCAUUCUUGUUGGAUGGACUGCAUGAGGAUUUAAAUCGUGUUAAACGAAAAUCUUACAUAGAAGCAAAGGAUUCAGAUGGUCGCCCAGAUAAGGAAGUUGCCGUUGAGUGUUGGAAAAAUCACAGGGCCCGGAAUGACUCAUUGAUAGUGGAUGUUUGCCAGGGUCAAUAUAAGUCGACACUGGUUUGCCCAGCAUGUGGAAAGAUUUCAAUCACUUUUGAUCCCUUCAUGUAUUUGUCGUUGCCUCUACCUUCAACUGCAACUCGGCAAAUAACCGUGACUAUGUUUUACGGCGAUGGAAGUGGUCUUCCUAUGCCAUACACUGUUAGUUUGCUAAAGCAAGGUUGCUGUAAAGAUCUUAGUGAACAACUAAGUAAUGCUUGUUGCUUGAAUGCCGAUGAGAUUCUUCUGCUUGCAGAGGUUUAUGAACAUAAGAUUUUUCGAUAUUUGGAAAACCCCUCAGAGCUAUUGGCUCCAAUUAAGGAGGAUAACCAUAUUGUGGCUUAUAGACUUUCUAAAAACGUCGUGGGAAGAUCCAGAGUUGAAAUAAUUCAUCGACCACAUGAAAAUGCCCGUCAGACAGAGUUAAGGGUUGUCAGGGAAAGCUUAUCGGUACCCCUUUUGUUACUUAUUUAAAAGAGCCAAUAUGUGGAGCCAAUGUUGAAGCCGCUAUUACUAGAUUGUUGUCACCUUUGAAGAGAACGCGUCCUUCAGUUAAGCUCCAGAAUGGUAAGGAAAAUGGAUUUGAAAAAGAGGUUAUUGAAGAACCAUCAAACAACUACAAUUCUAAGAACCUGUCAAUGGAUGAUGCAGAAGUAGAGGAAAAAUCCAGCGAAACGUUAUUUCUUUGUGUUGAAAGUAGUAACUUUUAGACUCCUUGAAUACUUAAAAUAAUAUUUUGUUGUUGAUGACAGUGUUGAAUGUUUUAAACUAAAUUCUGGAUUGUUAAUUCAAUGUAGAAUGUUCUUA